AUGCCAAAACACGCGAUUGUACGGCUUAGUUAUCGUUCAGUUGUUGUAGGCUGCAUUACUCCCAAAGAAACUCCAAAAAAAAAAUCAGGUACCAUGUUGCUCCUCUGGUUGGUGCUCCUUACAUUUCUGGUUUUAAAAAUCUGGCUGAGGAAGAAGUACACCUACUUCAGGAGGUAUGGGAUCCCGUACCUACCCACCUCCUCCUGGUCGCCGAUGGGCAAUUUAGGCCAACUUCUAUUCCUGCGUAUUUCUUUUGGUGAUCUUUUUCGACAGCUGUACGCAGAUCCCCGUGGUGGCCAUGCAAAAGUAGUGGGCUUCUUUAUCUUUCAAACGCCGGCUCUGUUGGUUCGAGAUCCAGAGCUAAUACGCCAAAUAUUGGUUAAAAACUUUAACAGCUUUCUUAAUCGUUACGAAUCGGCAGAUAUGGGUGAUUCUAUGGGUGCAUUGACCCUACCAUUGGCGAAGUACCACCACUGGAAAGAGAGUCGACAGUGCAUGUCGCAGUUAUUUACUAGUGGUCGCAUGCGGGACGUAAUGUAUCCCCAGAUGUGUAAUGUUGCUAUCGACCUAGAGAACUACCUCAAUAGAAAGCUUAAAGACCAGACAGAACGUGUUCUCCCGUUGGGAAGAAUGUGUCAGUUGUACACCACCGAUGUUACAGGAAAUCUCUUCUACAGCCUGGAUGUGGGCGGAUUGCGUAGAGGCUGUUCUCAGCUACUAAAGAAAACCAAAGAAUUAUUUAAAACCGAUCCCCGCAAGGUUUUAGAUUUUAUGAUCGUGUUCUUUCUACCAAAGUGGACGAAUCUAAUGAAGCCAAAAGUUUUCAGCGAAGACUAUGCGCAAUAUAUGAGAAACUUGGUAGAGGAGCAUCAGGAGCCCAAAAAGGGUGAUCUCAUCAAUCAACUGCAGCAUUUCCAGCUCACCCGUUCCUCUAACCAUUAUUCCCAGCAUCCGGACUUUAUAGCAUCUCAGGCUGGAAUUAUUCUUUUGGCCGGAUUUGAAACCUCGUCAGCCCUAUUGGGUUUUACUCUUUACGAGCUGGCUAAAGCACCAAAUAUCCAAGACCGACUGAGAAGGGAGCUAUGUGAAGCUUUUAUCUCAUCCACUUUACUUAGCUAUGAUACACUGAUGGCAUUACCAUAUCUUAAAAUGGUAUGCUUGGAGAUACUUCGUCUGUACCCAGCUGCUGCUUUUGUUAAUAGAGAAUGUACAAGUCCGGAAUCCGAAGGAUUUAAUUUGCAUCCUCAUGUGGAUUUCGUUGUACCACCUGGGAUGCCAGCCUACAUAUCUAUUUUAGGCUUGCACCGUGAUGAAAAGUACUGGCCCGAGCCCAACCGCUUCGAUCCUGAGAGGUUUGCUCCGGAGCGGUUAAAGGAUAUUAUUCCCAUGACCUAUAUACCCUUUGGAGCUGGUCCUCAUGGCUGCAUUGGUAGUCGUUUGGGUAUUCUACAACUGAAACUGGGCAUAGCCCACAUUUUAAAACUAUAUUGGGUUGAAAUUUGCAAGCGAACCAUACCAGAGAUUCGCUUUAAUCCAAAGUCGUUCAUGCUGGAGUCUAAGAACGAGAUAUACUUAAGAUUUUGCAGGGAUACUUUAUAGUUAU